CGGCAGCGCGGAGCUUCCGGGUUCGGCUGCGCUUCUCUUCCGGCCUCCGGCUCCCCGCUUCCGGCCUCCGGCUCUCCGUUUCCGGCCCUCCUCUCUCCGCUUCCGCCGCCGCCAUGUCGCGCCGGGUCUCGGUGUUCCCGUCCCCUCAGGAGCUGGGCCCGGCCCUGGCGCAGUUGGUGGCGCAGCGGGCGGCCGGCAGCGGCGGCCGCUUCUCGCUGGGCCUCUCUGGGGGCAGCCUGGUGGCUCUCCUGGCCCGGGAUCUUCCCUCCGCCCUCCCCGGUGGCGGCGGCGGCGGCGACGAGCCCUGGCUGGUGGCGUUCUGCGACGAGCGCCUGGUGCCUCCCGAGCACCCCGAGAGCACCUCCGGGGCCUACGAGGCCCAGCUGCUGCCCCGGCUCCCCGGGCCCAAGCCCCGGGUGCUCAGCGUCACCCCCGGGCUGUCCCCGCACGAUGCUGCCGCUGAUUAUGCCAGGCUGCGAGAGGCUUUUCGGGGUGCCAGCGUGCCCGUCUUCGACUUGCUCAUCCUGGGAGUGGGGCCGGACGGCCACACCUGCUCCCUUUUCCCCGACCACCCCCUGCUGAAGGAGGAGGAGAAAAUCGUUGCUGCUAUCACCGAUUCCCCCAAGCCGCCGCCGGAGCGGAUCACGUUGACCCUCCCGGUGCUGAAUGCGGCGCGCACCGUGGUGUUCGUGGCCACGGGGGGAGGCAAAGCC